AUUUUUUGUUGUGCCUGUUUUCCUUCGCUUCCUAUUUGUGUUCUCGUGCUUUCUCUUCCUUGUGCAUUUUGUGAUCACGGAUCUGGGGCCAUUUGCGCUGUUCUGUCGACUUUUGCCGAUGUAAGGUAUAUUUAUAAAAAUCUAGCGGGCUCCCUUUGCCUUUCUGUCAUCUAUUCUGAACUACAGACUAACUAUAUUUGGUCGACUUUGAGCUUCUGCACGCAUCCGAUGCGAGUAUGGUGAACAGAGUGAAGUUGUGUAGUUGUGGCGCAGAACAAAGCAUGGUGGUUGUCGUAGCCGCUCUAUUCCUGUUUGUUGCUCUGCAGUCGGUUUGUGGGAUCGCGUUAGUGGCUCAGCGCGCACAGGAAGGCCCUUUUUCCCCUUUUGAUGAGCCGCAGGGAAAUGGAUACGCGGCCGAAGAUUGUCUUUGCCCUAUCAAAAUGAAUCAAAUGCAAUUAUGUGUGGGUCUGGAAGAAUGCAAGUUUGUCAUGCUUGUCUGGCAUGACUGACUCUUAAAUCUGUGAUGCAUGAGCAGCAAAAGGGCCGUCUUGCCUGUCUUUAUGCAAAAAGAAAAACGUUGUUCGUCAUGCGAAAAACGAAACGCACAGCAGUGCAAAAACUUGUCAUGUCGAGUUGCAUAAUAUUGCAGCGCGCCCACAGUUCGUAGAUUUGCAUCGCAAGUUUCGAGGCCCACACAUAUGUGCAUUUGAUAUGCCCGGGUGGAUUACAGUUCGACGGAGCAGAGCACGGCAGCCUUCGGCGCGCAAUUGCAACAUUCGGCCCGCCCACCGCGCGGCAUUUUUCGGAACAACCGGGACGCAAAAAUCCCAAUCCUCCUACGGAAACGCAGCGCGAGCCUGUGCCGCCGGGCUGGGACUGCGGCGGACUUUGUUUCGGAUGUGGAAGCCGAGAGAGGUUCGAACAGGAUCUGAAACAGGGGCUAAGCUGGAGGCUGCUCAUCAUGUUUGUUCACAAGCGCCCCGGUACGACGGAUGGGUGGACCGUGGCAGAUCCGCCAAGAUUUCGGGUCCCGUGGGACGUCCGGGCAAGAAGCGCGAUCGACGUGGCCACUAGCGCUGAGCUUGGAUUCUGGUCCCCGGCCCCUCCGGGGCCUUUCGAGCACUGGGUUGGGCCGCUCAAAAUUCAACGGAGCGAGGACACCAACUGGCGUGUGUGGGUGCGCUACGCCAUGAUUUACCGCUACCCCCUGAAGAUCCAGGGGUCGGACAAAGCAUACCCGGGGGAAGGGCUGAAGUGGAUCCAGAAUCAAAUGCCGGCCGUGCUGACCGUGUCGCACGCCCUGGUUGAUAGCCACUACGGCAAACUCGCUGCCCGACACGAAAACGCGGGCGCGCUGCUCCAGCGGCGGCCCGCCAGCCGCGACCAAGCAGCUCCGCUUCGCCCUCCCGAGUGCUACCAGUAAGGUAGUUGUAAUUAUAAAGCAGAGUGAGAUGAAGGAGAAGAGGCCACAUCACGCGACAAAAGAAACGGCGCUGCGUCUUCUACACUUCGACGCAGUUCCGUAGCACUUUAUGUUGAAACUAUUUUCCAAUGAUCUUGCUCAGGAAAAACGAAAAACCGCUCAUGAAGUCUGUACAACUCUUGGCUGCAGCGUCCUCGCCAGUCAGUUCGAUGCUGCCCCGGCUUAUACGGACACUUCUGCUCAGCGACGAGACGGGCAUCGCACGAAAGGA